AUAGGUGUUUCAGGUCAGACUUUGUACACAAACACACACAAGCUCACACGGCUGCUGCUCCACCAUGCCUUCAGAGACUCGCCCGUGAUCACGACAUGCGCUGAAAUGGAGCCGACUAACUUACAGAAAGCCAUUGCGAUUGCCACCAGAGCCUCGCAAGAGGACGACGCUGGGAAUUACGAGGAGGCCAUCAAGUCCUACCAACAUGCCGUGAAGUACUUUCUGCACAUCGUAAAACGUGAGCCUCAGGGGAAAGAAGGAAACCAGAAGAUCCGAGAGAAGUGCUCUCAGUACCUGGAUCGAGCUGAAAAGCUGCAGGAAUAUCUGGAUGAGAAACAGAAAGCUAUAGAUCUGGCCAGCAAGGCAGCGCUGGAGGACAAGGCGCAGAACUACGACGAGGCCCUGAAGCUCUACCAACACGCCGUUCAGUACUUCCUACAUGUCAUUAAAUAUGAAGCUCAGGGGGAAAAAGCCAAACAGAGCAUCAGAGCCAAGUGUGCGGAGUACCUGGACCGAGCCGAGAAGCUGAAGGAGUACCUAAAGAAGAAGGAGAAGGCUCCGGCUAAACCCGUCAAGGAGUCGCAGUCUGAUGAGAAAGGAAAUGAGAGUGAUGAGGGAGAAGAUCCAGAGAAGAAGAAAUUCCAGAACCAACUCUCAGGGGCCAUCGUCAUGGAGAAACCGAACAUCCAGUGGAACGACGUUGCUGGACUUGAAGGCGCCAAAGAAGCUCUAAAGGAAGCCGUUAUUCUGCCCAUUAAGUUUCCACACUUGUUCACAGGUAAACGCACUCCGUGGAGAGGGAUCCUGCUCUUCGGCCCCCCGGGAACUGGAAAGUCUUACCUGGCCAAGGCCGUGGCUACUGAGGCCAACAACUCCACCUUCUUCUCCAUCUCCUCCUCGGACCUGGUGUCCAAGUGGCUGGGAGAAAGUGAGAAGCUGGUGAAGAACCUGUUUGAGCUGGCCAGGGAGCACAAUCCGUCCAUCAUCUUCAUAGACGAGAUCGACUCCCUGUGCGGCUCCAGGAGUGAGAAUGAGAGCGAGGCGGCUCGCAGGAUCAAGACCGAGUUCCUGGUGCAGAUGCAGGGUGUCGGGAACGACAACAAGGGAAUCCUGGUGCUCGGAGCCACCAACAUCCCGUGGACGCUCGACUCGGCCAUCAGGAGACGAUUCGAGAAGCGUAUCUACAUCCCGCUGCCGGAGGAACACGCGCGCUCCUUCAUGUUUAAGUUGCACCUGGGCACCACCCCCAACAGCCUGAGCGACGCCGACUACGUCACGCUGGGCAAGAAGACCGAGGGCUACUCAGGCGCCGACAUCAGCGUCAUAGUGCGCGACGCUCUCAUGCAGCCUGUGAGGAAAGUGCAGUCCUCCACGCACUUCAAACGAGUACGAGGACCUUCCAGAGACGACCCCAAAGUGAUCCUGGAUGACCUCCUAACCCCGUGCUCUCCCGGAGAUCCUCAGGCCAUUGAGAUGACGUGGAUGGAGGUUCCCGGAGAUAAACUCCUGGAGCCUGUGGUUAGCAUGCCGGACAUGUUGCGAUCGCUGGCCAACACGAAGCCCACGGUGAACGAGCACGAUCUGGAGAAGCUCAAGAAGUUCACAGAGGAUUUUGGUCAGGAGGGUUGAGGGAGGAACCCGAGAGCAGCAGGGUCCAGGAUUUGUAAAGUCUUCUCCCUUUCCUUCCAUUUUUUUCCCGCUUUUCUUUCCUUCCUGGACUUCCUGUUGGACUGGCGAGUAGAUGGACAGCUAAAGGCCAGUCUGGAUCCCACAUGGAACUGGAUUUACAUUUGUGUUUCAUUUUUCCAACUUUACUUAUACUCCUUUUUUUUUUUUUUUCUGUUCUGAUGUUAUUUGGAUUCACUACGUCACUGCUGGUGAAAAAGAAAUCGAACAGUCGUGUAAACUGGGCUGAUGUUGAGAAUUUUCCCGUCAUGAUAAUCGGCAGAAACUUUAUACCGCGGUUUACGAUAUUAUAAAAAGGCUUCACGCUUGCAAGCACGUGAGACGUAACGACGUCGUGCACGCUGAAUAUCGCGAUUUGUCACGUUUACGACCGGCGAUCAGCCUUAUUUGGACGCCGUCAAUUUGUGGGCUGUGUUCCAAUCUCUUCCAUGAUGAAGCUUUAAAAUCUGGCUGUAGAGUUUUUUUUUUUUCCUCAUCCAAGAACUGCUUUAAGAGUCACGUAAAAAAGAAAAAACUUACAGGAAGCGUUAUUUAAACGUUUUACACAACGCAUUGUUCAUUUUUUUAAAUAUAUAAAUGCACCCUGGUCGACUUCCUCCUACAACUCGGGUGUGUGCAACAUCGGCAUCGCGUAGCUACCUCUAGCUGCAUCGUGUAGCUGGAUUCCAUGGCGAUUUCAGCUGUAGCUCUCCUUAGCAAAAAAACGACACGCAGUCGGUUUCCAUGGCGAUUUUUAACGCUUGAAAUAAAAAAAACUACAUCGCAGACUAUUGUAGCUGUUUUGAUCACAGUUUUUUUUUUCCGCUUUAUCUAGCUAGCAUGCUAAUCCGUUAACUUUUUUUUUUAAGCUACCGCUUCAGCUAACGCAGUUUCUUAUUGGCUACAUGAAAUUUGUAUAAAUAUUUAGUUCCUGUUCAGAUGCAGCGCUUUUUAGGGCUUUAUGAUGCCACCCGAGUGGGAAAUCCGAGUAGGAAGUCGACGUAUUGUUCUCCUGAUUUGAUUUGGCGUAGGUCACAUGACCGCGUCAGCGGCGUGAGUUACCGUAACGAUGUUUUGUUCUGUUACAGAACUGGAAACAUUCAGGUGGAAUAUCUCGCACGUUCUUAAAAAAAUAAUAAUAAUAAUUAACACGUGUUACUAUUAUGGGAUGUAACAGGAAGGUUUUCCAUGAUCAUGUGACACAAGGCCAACUGUUUGUUUUUGUUUUCGAUUUCUUUCCUUCUUGCUGCAGAAAACUCGUGCCUUCGAUACGUUUUUCUCGAAUUUCACAUGGAAAAAAUACGAACCAUAUCUUAUAGAUGUUCUACGUUUAUGCACGACAAAAAAAACAACAACGCAACAACAUUUGCACAUUUCACUUCGUUCUCUUCUCCCUGUGUGCGAUCAUAUCGAUCUCCAUCCCUGUACACGCCCGGUGUUGGGUUUCCUGUAGAGCAGAUCUCACGUUUUAUUCUUCAUAACCUUGUUUUUUUUUGUUGUUGUUGUUGUUGAAACCUGGACUGGUUUUGUUUUCUGGACUCUUCAUGAGGUUCCUGGUGUUGCUCAUGUACUCCUUUUAUCUUACACGUGUAAAUAAAAAAGCUAAAAUUGCAAUAAAAACAAUAAAAGAUCA